AUGGUGAUCAUUCACAAGGUUCAGUUACACGAACUUCCUUCCAACGAAAACGGUGAUAUAAACUACUACGUUACAAUCAAAAUUCUGCCCCUCAAUCACCGCUCGUUCCAGACAAAAGCCGUCAGACAGUGCAAGAGUCCUGAAUUUAAGGAGAAGUUUGAAUUCCGGGUGGCGUACGAGAAGAUGCAUGUUCAGAGCUUGAAGAUGACGUUAUGUUGUUUUGAUCGCUUCUCACAACACGAACCCCUUGGCGACCACACCGUGCAUCUUGCUGAGCUUGAGGCACGCGGGCUUAGUCUGUCAAGAGAGAUUCUGCUGUUCCGUGACAUUCACGCAGUUCCAAAGGUAUUGUGAAAAAUGCAGGUUUUUUAUAAGGAAUUUUAUCGUCCAACCGUCAAACGUGUGUAUCACUCUUGUGCCGUCCAGUUAACUUUUGAAGGGGUUAACUUUUGAAUGUAGCGGGGUAUAUGAAACGUUAUAGCCUGUACACAGAUGUUGUUCUAUUUUUCUUUUCGUUCUUUUCGAAAACACCAGCGAGGGCGCGAGAGCGAGCCCGAAGCGCGAGAAAGAAACGCCUAUUUUCUUCUUCCCCCAUCCCUACCCUCUUGCCCCGGCGGUCAAUAAAUCCUCCAGGCUUUUUAUUUUUUAUCACGCGUGCUCGACGGACUUUGAAGAGAAAAAAGAGGGUGUGUGAACAGUCUAGAAACGUUAGGUAAAUCAUCUGCCAUUUGUUGUCAGUGAUCUAUAAAACAGGCCCAAAAGGGCUAACAGACGCAUUUUAUGGCGGUGAAAAAGACGAGAAAACUUUCUCGUUUUGCGAUUUGAUUUCAUAUUUUAAAGUCAGUACAUUUACAACAGUUGAAAGGGAUACAAAGUUCUAAUUAAUACCAGGUUUGUGAAAGGGGUACCCUUACUGCAAAAAGUGGUUUACAAAAGGGUAAGGGGUUGGACCUCGGGGCGGAACCUCCCCUUAUAGAGGAGGAUUGAUGUAAAGGGCUUGCCUAGCGCAGAGAGCAAAGUGAUACCUCGGUAAUUUUCGACUUUGGAUCGAUCAUCGUUUUUGUGAAUAGGUACAAUGAGGCAAAAACUCCAAAGAGCAGGGUAUUUGCCAGUAUUUACGAUUCGAUUAGAUAAAUUUACUAAAUAAAAAUAAAGCUUUGUUGAAGACCCCCCCCCCCAAACCCCUCCAACCGGGCCUUCGUGCAUUUACUAUCGUCCCAUGUUUGUUUGCCGGAUAUUUUUUCUGAGAUCAUUCAGCGUCCUCUUCAAAAGUUGGAAAUGAGGGAGGUGCAUAUAAAAAGAGAUAUUAACCCCAAAUAUUAGUAUAUUAGUAUAUUAGUGCCCCUACACUUCUAAAAAGAAAAGACAUCACUGAUCAUUACAUUUUCACACAAAUGUGUUCAUGUGUAUUAAUGUGGUACCGUUUUAUAAAACAAUGGUCUCAUUAGAAUGAAAUUAAUCAAAUAACUCGAUAGGGCCUAGAGUGUCUUGGUAUAACUAUGAGCCGCACAUUUCCCUAAGAAAUCUAUUUUGAGGCAUCUUUUAAUUUUAUUUUUUAGGCUUCCGGUGUUCUCGGAGAACUCAUGAUCUCCCUAGGAUAUCUCAGACUUACAGAGCGACUGACAAUAGUAAUAAUAAGGGCAAGAAAUCUUCCGCAAGCUGAAGAAGCAGAACUGGAUCCAGGCAAGUGAAUGAUUUUAUUGCUGUAGAAAUAGCCAACAGUCAAGUCUGGUUAGCAAGUGUCUGCUUGACAAAGAACUUGUAAGAAAAGAAUAAAACAAGGUUACGGCCAGACAGUUAGGAAGAUAAUUAACAAUUAUUGGACGAGGUUGAGAUAAAUGAGUUCAAUAAUUGUUUUAUCGUUCGAUCACCGCGUUUGUUGUUUAAUUAAUAUCUUCGGGAAGCGAAGCGAUCUGCCAUUUUUACACAACAGCGAUCGCAAGAAGGAGAAAAGCGUGGUUUCAUUUACGCAUGAGCAGAAUAUUGUUUGCAGCCAAGCACAGUUGGACAACAUUGCCCAUAAGCAGACCAUUAUUUGUAGGUAGUUGUUUACAGGUCACGUGAUGGGCUUUCGGCCAAUGAAAAGGAAAAUAAAUUUUGCCUCCAAUGAUAAUAAUAUCUAUUUUCUUACGUUUUGUAAAACAAUUUGAAACACUCAUUCUUCACCUUAAUUUGCCUUGUUUGAUUAAAAAUAUUGCAGGAAUCAUUAUUAUUUUUAACGCUAACUGGCUCUGCAUAAUUUCUUUCCUAGCUGCAUACGUUGAAGUGUCCCUCAUUCAUGAAAGUAGAGUACUAAAGCAAAAGAAAACUCUUACAAAGGACCCAAGUGGCAACCCAGUCUUUAACGAAACCCUGACUUUUCACAUACCAGUAGGAAUUCUCCAUCAAACAAGUCUUUUAGUGGCCGUGAAAAACGAAAACGCUCAGAGGACUGAGGACCAGUUACUCGGGAGGAUAUUUCUGGGGCCAACGGCCACUGGGAACCAAUUUGAACAUUGGAACGAGAUGCGAAUCAACAAUAAGCCAGUAGCGCGCUGGCAUAAACUGCUUGAUUGA